AUGACAGCAGCCUACUCCGAUUCUCUUCAGAGCUCAAUGGUGUUCUCCAAAGAUACUGGGCUCCUGGUUUUCCUAAGAAAAUCACUUCGUUUUGAAGAAUUUCGAGACAGCAGAGAAGACGUUCUGAAAUUACUGUCCGAAGUCGUCGAAAGAAUUGGCGAAGCAGUGGGACGAUAUGCCUGUGACAUAAAGGGCACGUGUGUUGUCGUGUACACUAAAGAGAAGGCUGCAAAAUGUAAGGCUGCUGCCUUGGAUCUUCUUAUUACGUUACUGCACAGCAAAUUGAGCUCCAGCUGUCUUCAACAAUUCAAAAUCGGAGAACUAUUCAACAAAUUCUAUGGAGAUUUGUCACAGAAGAGCAAAUUCCCAGAUACAGUGUUGGAGAAGGUUUAUGAGCUGCUGGGAGUUUUAGCGGAAGUCCAGCCUACUGAGAUGCUCCAUAACUCAGAAAAACUUUUCUGUGCUUAUUUAAAUGAACUGAGAGUGCAGAUGACCUCUGCCACAAGAGAGCCGAAAUUCCUUGUGGUAUCGGGGUGCCUUAGAGGGUUAACAGCACUCAUGAUAAACUUCACAAAAUCCAUGGAAGAAGACCCAAAAGCUUCAAAGGAUAUUUUCGACUAUGCAUUGAAAGCCAUUAAUCCACAGAUUGACUUGAAGAGAUAUGCUGUUCCUUUGGCUGGGUUACGCCUGUUCACACUGCACUCCAGCCAGUUCGGCACCUGCCUGAUGGACAACUAUCGAACAGUGUUUGAAAAAAUGAAAAAAUCGUGUGGCCAUACAAACAGUGAGAUGAAGAAAGCUAGUUAUUCCGCACUGGAAAGUUUUCUCAAACAGGUUGCGAUACAAGUUGCGGAAAAUGCUCAUUUACACAAAGACAAGCUGGAGUACAUCAUGCAGCAGUUCUAUGACAUUAUCAGGACGCCAGAAUCGAGCAUGAAAGAACUCUCCAUCGCCAUACGUGGAUACGGACUUUUUGCAGCUCCCUGCAAGGCUGUGAACUCGAAUGAUGUGGACUUCAUGUACAUCGAGCUGAUUCAGCGCUGUAAGCAGAUGUAUCUCACAGAGGCAGACACAGAAGAUGAUAAUGUUUACCAACUGCCCAGUUUCCUAGACUCCAUUGCCAGUGUCAUCUUUCACCUGGACAAAAUCCCCGGUGUUUACACUCCUGUGCUGGAGCGUCUGCUGGUGGUUCAGAUUGAUAGCUUCCCACUCUACAGUGCAAGGAUGCAGCCGAUUUGUUGCCGUUCCAUUGUUAAGGUGUUUGUUGCACUGGCGGGAAAGGGACCCGUUCUCUGGAACUUUAUCAGCACUGUAGUGCAUCAGGGUCUGAUUCGUGUCUGCUCAAAGCCAGUCCUGCUUCCUGGGGAGGGAACAGGAAGGUCGGAGUCUGGGCUGCAGCAGCAAUCUGCCAGUGAGGUAAUGUGGACAGGAAAGUGGAGAGUCCCCUCUUACAAAGACUAUUUGGAUUUAUUCAGAAGCCUGCUGAACUGUGGUAAAAUGAAGGAGUUUGGGUUAGUUGACACACUACAGAUGAUUAAUUUGCCCCUGCAGUCGCUUAAUCGGCUGCUGUACGAUGAGUUUAUUAAAUCAAUUCUCAAGAUCAUCGAGAAGUUGGAUCUGUCUGUGGAGAAGCAAAAUCAGCGUGAAGAAGAGGGCUCGGGUGAUGUCAGCAAUGGAAAUGUGAUCCCCACGUCUGAUCCAGCAGCAGAUCUGCAACCAGUGAAACCUAAAGACUUCACCGCCUUUGUCAAUCUGGUACAGUUCUCCACCGAGCUGUUAUUAGAAAGACAUGAGGAAUUCUUUGAUCAGUGGGUGUACCGAUUUGGAUACGAGCUCAUCCUGCGAUCAACCCAGUUUCCUCUUGUCAGUGGAUUCUACAAGCUUCUAUCAGCUACAAUGAAAAUUGCCAAGAAAAUUAAUUAUUUUAAGGGUGUCAGCACAAAUACUUGGAAACAAUGUCACACGGAUCCCGAAAAGUGUGCCUGCUUCGCAUUAUUUGGAAAAUUUGGAAAGGAGGUGACCAUCAGAAUGAAGCAGUACAAGGAUGAGCUGCUGGUAUCCUGCCUGAAUUUUGUGCUUUCUCUUCCUCAUGACAUAAUUGAACUUGAUAUUAAGGCUUAUAUUCCUGCUUUGCAGGCUGCAUUUAAACUGGGCCUUAGCCACACUCCAUUGGCUGAUGCUGGAUUGGAUGCACUAGAGGAUUGGUCAGCUCAUAUACCAAAGCAUAUCAUUCAGCCUCACUACAAGGACAUUCUGCCACACCUGGAUGGUUACCUGAAAACAGCAGCUUUCAACGAGGCUCAGAACAACUGGGAAGGGAUGAACAUUAAUAAUCCGUCACGCAAAGGAGGAAGCAAGGUUCUUUUUCAUCAUACAAAGAAAAGCAAAGAGUUUCUUGUGAGCGAGGAUUCCGCCAUCACAGCUGUGAGGCGCAGGAUAGUGCGGCUGCUCGGGUCUCUCGGAGGACAAAAUAACCGAAGUUUAGUAACAGCCGUUUCUGCAGAGGAAAUGAUGAAGAGGUGCAUUGCCUGGGUCACAGAGAAGCCGCUGAGUUUUGCAGUUCCUUUCAUGGAUAUGAAGCCCAUCAUAUAUUUGGAUUCAUUUAUCCCACGUAUCUCAGAGCUAGCACUCUCUGCCAGUGACAGACAGACAAAGGUUGCAGCUUGUGAACUGUUGCACAGUGUGGUUGCCUAUACGCUAGGCAAAGGAUCCCAGAUUUCUGAAGGACAACAAGAAACAUUGUACAAGCUGAACAGACAGUUGUUUCCAGUCUUGCUUCGUCUUGGUUGUGAUGUAGAUACGGUAACCAGACAAUUGUUUGAGCCACUGGUAUUACAGCUAAUCCACUGGUUCACGAGCAAUAGGAAGUUUGAAAGUCGGGAUACCGUGGCGAUGCUUGAAGCUAUUCUGGACGGCAUAGUGGAUCCCGUGGACAGUACCCUGAGAGACUUCUGUGGGCAAUGUGUUCGGGAAUUUCUCAAGUGGUCCAUAAAACAGACAACCCCAGAGCAGCAGGCGAAGAGCCCAGCAAAUACAAAAUCUCUCUUCAAGAGGCUCUACAGCCUUGCUCUGCACCCCAAUACAUUCAAGCGACUGGGGGCAGCACUCGCCUUCAAUAGCUUAUAUAGGGAAUUCAGGCAAGAAAGUGCCUUAGUUGACCAGUUCAUCUUUGAAGUGUUAGUUGUGUACGUGGAAAGUCUUGCUCUAGCACACGCAGAUGAUAACUCACUGGGUACAGUUCAGCAGUGUUGUGACGCUAUUGAUCACCUGAAUCGGAUCAUUAAACAGAAAGCUUCCGCACUGAACAAACCCAUCAAAGGACGUGUGCCAAGAGGUUUUCCUCCUGAUCAGCCUGUGUCUUUAAAGGAGGUUGUGAUGUGGCUAUUGACUCAAUGUGGACGACCCCAAACAGAGUGUCGACACAAAUGUAUGGUACUAUUUUACGAGCUGGUUCCCCUUCUACCAGGAAAUAAGACACCGUCGUGUUGGUUAGCUGAUGUUCUGAAGGAGAGAGGGGUUUCGUUCCUGAUCGGCAAGUUUGAGAGUGCUGGUAGUGAUCACGCCAAAUGCUCAGGAAUCAUUUACCAGCCGACACUUAAAGAUCUGCAAGAACCAUUCAGUGUACGGGCUGCCCUGCAAUGGAUGGACAUGUUACUGGCGGCUCUUGACUGUUAUAAUACGUUUGUAAGACUGGCCAUGGUCAAACCCAGUGAACUUUUAGGCACCAGCCAGGAAACUGGCUUCAUGAAAGCUAUGAAUUUCUUCUUGAAAACCCUUGCAAGGCAUGACAUCACGGCGGCAGAGGAGUGCUUUACGUUGGGGGUAAAGGGUGUGCUCUUCAGCCCCAGAGAGAGGGAAGAGUACAAUUACUGUAAAUGUACAAUCAUAGUCCGCAUCAUGGAGUUUGCCUGCCUGAUCCUGGAGGGACUGCAACAAGAUUGCUGGAAGGUGCUGGAGAAAGAUUUACUAAACUCAGACCUGUUUGAGCUGAUAGCAAUGGUGGUGAUUGAUCCGACCAGUAUUGGGUUCAACAUGGCAGACGUGCAGGUGAUGAAGAAUCUCCCUAACGUCUGUGUGAAGCUCCUGAAUGCGGUGAUGAAGUCGCCUUUCAAGGAAACGUUAGUUGACAGCGUGAGGAAAAGAAUCACGGCACAGAGCAUUGAAGCUCUGUGCAAUGUGGAUCUAUACAGUCCUGGUGCUCGGACAGACCAUGCAGGAUUAAGGUCCAUCCUAUCGGCGUGUCAACAACUCCACAAGGCUGAUCUUCUCAACUCUGCAAUCGAUUGUGAGGCUGGAAGUCUUAGCUCAUCGCUGAGCUUGAAGCUUUUAUCAGUUGUCUACAAAGGAAUUGCACCUGGUGACGAAAGAAAAUCACUUCCAUCAAUUGAUGUCAGCAGCAAGCAGUUGGCCGAUGGUUUGCUACAGCUCUCCUUUUCCCUCGGCGGACAGUGUGAGGAGCUGGUUUCUUUGCUGCUGAACACAAUGGAGCUCUCUGUGCCUCUGUCAGGAGCAACCCAGAAAAAUUUCAUCACCUUUUCCCACGGUGAAUACUUCUACAGUUUGUUCUCGGAAACAAUCAAUGCUGAAUUGCUGAAAAGUCUCAAGUCUGCAGUGACCCAACUGAUGAGAUCUGCAAGCGAAAACCCUAAAAUGGUGAGCACUGUUCUGAACGGAAUGCUGGACCAGAGUUUCAGGGACCACACUGUGAGGAAGACCCAAGGCGUUCUCCUCGUCAGUGCUGUGCUCACAAACUGGACAAGACUUGAAUCGUGGUGGUCAGAGAAUUCGAGCGCUGAGAGCAAGAUGGCUGUUCUGACACUCCUGUCUAAAGUGUUGCAGAUUGACUCUUCAGUCUCCUUUAGUUCCAAUCAUGAGGCAUUUGCGAUGGUAUUCCACACUUACACCACUAUACUGACAGACUCAACCCUGGCUUUAAAUUUAAAGAGCCAAGCAAUGAUCAUCCUCCCAUUCUUUGCUCAUCUCCCUGAAGAAAAUCUUGCAGUGCUCAGACAUGCCCUUGACCAGUUUGUAGCUGCCCAUUUCCCUAUGAAAUCAGAUGAAUUUCCCAAGGGUACGCUGAAAUAUAACAACUAUGUUGAUGCCAUCAAAAAGUUGCUGGAUGCUUUGGAGCUAUCUCAGAGUCCUAUGCUGUUGAAACUAAUGAUCGCGAUCCUGUGUCGUGACAGCAGGCAUGUCAUGGAAGAGGGAUUUCAAGUCUGCUUCCAAAGAUUGGCAAAAACGGGUAGCUGUGAGAAACAAGUGGCCCUGUUGGAAGCAGUGUACGGGAUGUUCGAGAAUGAAGGGGGACUUUCUAACAUCGCCCGGCAAUCUGUCAUGGACCGUUCUCUCCUCACUCUUAUUACCCAUUGCAGUCUAGAUGCUUUAAAGGAGUUUAUCAGUAAAAUUAUAAAGGAUGCAAUGGGUAUUUUACAAUCCAGAUUUACAAAGACCAGCGAGUCCAGUUUUGAUAACCAGUUGACAAGGAAAAUUGGUUGUUACAAGCUCUUGGAAGUCACGUACAUACGUCUGCCAAAAGAUGACAUCUACUCCGAGGAUUCGAAGAUAAAUCGGGCUUUCCAUAGCUCCAGCAACAUGGAGGGCAAUAAGCUACUUUCAAAGUCUCUGCUGAAACUCUGCUAUGAUGCGUUUACUGAGAACAUGACGGGCGAGAAGCAGCUUUUGGAGAAGAGGAGGCAGUAUCACUGCGCUGCUUAUAACUGCAUUAUGGCUGUCGUCACCUGUAUUUUCACAGAGGCUAAAUUCUAUCAAGGUUUUCUUUUUAGUGAGAAAGCUGAGAAGAACAUCUUUAUCUUUGAGAAUCUGAUAGAAGCUCAUCGCACCUACAACUUCCCUGUAGAGAUUGAGGUCCCGUUGGAAAAGAAAAGAAGGUUUAUUUCUAUUCGGAAAGAAGCAAGAGAAGCAGGAGAUGGAGAUUCAGGUGAACCUCAGUACUUGUCCUCUCAGUCGUACAUGGCAGACAGCAGCCUCAGUGAGGAAAUGAGUCAGUUUGACUUCUCUACUGGUGUUCAAAGCUUCUCGUAUAACUCACAAGAUCCCAGAGGACAUGCAGUUCGUAGCAGGAGAAAGGAACAGGCAGAGUUGAGUGUUGUACAGAGUGAUAUUAUGGAGCUUGAGAUGGAUGAGCUGAAUCAGCAUGAAUGCAUGCCUGCCAUGAUAGCGCUGAUCAAUCACAUGCAGAGGAACAACAUCACGCCACAAGUUGAAGAGGGUAAAACUCCACAAGAGCUUCCACCGUGGAUGAAGUUCCUGCACGGAAAACUGGGAAAUUCCUCAAUACCCUUAAACAUCCGACUCUUUAUUGCAAAACUCAUCGUUAACUCUGAAGAGGUUUUCCGACCUUAUGCCAAAGAGUGGCUGGGCCCUCUACUGCAGCUGGUAGUUUCUGGCAAUAAUGGAGGUGAUGGCAUUCAUUACAUGGUGGUAGAAAUCGUGGUAACAGUUCUCUCUUGGACAAGUGUGGCUACGCCAAAGGGAAAUAUGAAGGAUGAGAUUCUAGCAAAUCGCCUGCUGGAGUUUCUGAUGAAGAAUUCCUUUCAUGAGAAGACGGCGGUGUUCAGACACAAUCUGGAAAUCAUUAAAACAGUGGUUGAAUGCUGGAAGGAUUGUCUGUCUGUCCCUUACAGCCUGAUAUUUAGUCGAUUUUCCAGUACUGAUCCUAACUCCAAAGAUAACUCUGUGGGCAUUCAGCUACUUGGGAUAGUCCUGGCCAAUAACCUGUCUCCAUAUGUCCCCAAAUGUGAAAUUGGCUAUGAAAGGUAUUUCCAGAGGCUGGUGUAUAACAUCUCCCUAACGCGUUAUAAGGAAGUGUAUGCAGCAGCAGCAGAGGUUCUGGGACUCGUCCUGCAUUACUUUGCAGAAAAUGAGAAGCAAGUGGACGGGCUGGUUCACGAUUUAAUUGCUAAAGAACUAAAGCAGCUUCAACAAUCAAAAGAGGACAAGUUUAUUGUGUGUUUGAGUAAGAUUGUGAAGAACUACCCUCCUUUCGCUGACAGAAGGUUUUUGAAUCAAGUGUUCUACCUGUUACCGAAACUUCACGGUGUGUUGAAGACUCACUGCCUCGAGGUGGUGAUGCAUCGAGCAGAGACGAUAAUUGACAUCUUUCAGGAACUGAAGAACAAGAACUUUGUGCAGAUCAUGAGUUACUCGGAUGAAGAGCGGCAGAGGAUAUGUUUGGACAUUGUGUACAAGAUCAUAGCCAAAUUGAAGGCGGAAGAAGUGAAAGUAUUCCUCGUUCCAGUAAUCGCUUUCAUUUCUCAUCCAUCUCCUGUCUGUCGAGAACGAAUGUACGACAUCCUGAUGUGGAUCUAUGACAAUUACAGAGACGCAGAGAGCCAGUCUGACCCCGACUCCAAGGCAGUGUUUGUAACAACAAAGGACACAUUACUUCAGGGACUGACUGAUGACAAUCCUGCACUGCAAUUGUAUGUCAGAAAUUUCUGGGGUCAUGAAAACAGGCUUCCCACAGGAACCCAUGAUAGAUUGAUGGCUAUUCUGAGGUCGAUGUAUUCCAACAAGAUAGAGACUCAGUACCUUAGUAUAGCUACCAACCUCUUGCUUGAAAUGACAAGUCGCAGCCCAGACUAUACACGGGAAAUGUUUGAGUAUCCACUGUCUGAAUGCAAGUUCCAGGAUUAUAACAUUGAUUCAAGUUGGCAGCAACGCAGCACGAUUCUCACUCCCAUGUUUGUGGAGACUCAAGCUACGCAGAACAGUAGCAGAAGCCAAUCACAAGAAGGUUCCCUGACUGCUCAGGGGACAAUAGGUGGCUUGGUCAGGGGCACCCAAACUCAUUAUGAGUUUACUCCGACUCAGAAUCCAGAUGCGCGGAAUUUUAAUUGGCUAACGGGGAACAGCCUGGAUACUUUUGCAGAAUACUCACUCCCGUCCCUCGCCUCGGAACCAGGGUCCUCCUCACUCCUGGUGUUUUCUCGGUGGAGUGAGCGACUACACAGACCAGCUAAGAAACCGGUUGGUCCGGAUUUUGGGAAGAAAAGACUUGCUUUGCCCGGAGAUGAGGUUGACAGUAAGACUAAAGGGAUAGUUGACCAGAGGGCAGACAUCCUACGACUGAGGCGUCGUUUCCUCAAAGAUCGGGAGAAGGUGAGCCUCAUCUUUGCCAAGAGAGGCAUCCGGGAGCAACGGGCAGAACAGGAAAUUAAAACGGAAAAGAGGAUGGAACGGGAUGCGAAGGUUACUCUGUACAGAAGUUAUCGUUUUGGAGAUCUGCCUGACAUUCAGAUCAAAUACAGCAGUUUAAUUGCUCCCUUGCAGGCGCUGGCCCAGAAAGACCAUUCACUUGCUAAGCAGCUCUUCAGUGCCCUAUUUUCUGGAAUUCUUGAAGAAGUGCACAAGUCUAAGACUGCUGAAACAAAGGAUAUUUCAAAACAGCUUGUGGAGAACUUCAAUUAUUUACUUAAAGCUACAACCCUGAAUUUCCCACCAUUUGUGGCCUGCAUUCAGGAUAUGAGUUGCCAACACAAAGAUCUGCUGGGUCUUGACUCUACCAGUGUAAGAUCAACCUCCUUAGCCAGCUUGCAACAGCCGAUGGGAAUUCUGCUUCUGGAGAAGAGUUUGAUCCAUUCCACCACAAACGAAGAGCCACCGACAAAAAAAGCGCGAGGCAGACAAGAGCUCCCGCCUGACACAGACGUAGCCCGAUGGAUAGAGCUCGCUACGUUGUACAGAUCGUUGGGAGAUUACGACGUCCUCCGUGGCAUUUUCAGUGAGAAGAUUGGUACAAAGCCACUCACCCACACAGCGCUGCUGGCUGAAGCGAAGAGUGAUUAUGCUGAGGCUGUACGGUUAUAUGAUCAGGCUUUGAAUACAGAAGAAUGGAUGGAUGGAAACCCCAUGGAAACAGAGAAGGAUUUUUGGGAAAUUGCAGCGCUGGAGUGUUACAAUCACCUGACAGAGUGGAAGGCGCUGGAAUACUGCUCCACAGUCAACAUUGACGACAAAACACCAGCGGAUAUAGAGAACAUAUGGAGUGACACUUUCUAUCAGGAGACGUAUCUGUCCUACAUGAUUCGCAGCAAAGUGAAGUUGUUGCAGUCGGGUGAAGUGGACCAGUCCUUGCUGACAUUCGUCGAUCGUGCCAUGAAGGUGGAGCAGCGCAAGGCUGUGAUUGAAACCUAUUACAGCCAGGAGCUGAGCCUGCUGUACAUCCUGCAGGACGAUGUGGACCGGGCCAAGUACUACAUAAACAACUGUAUGGAGGUCUUCAUGCAGAAUUAUUCCAGCAUUGACACGCUGUUACAUCAAAGCCGGCUCACCAAGCUCCAGUCCCUUCAGGCAGUGACAGAGAUGCAGGAUUUUCUCCACUUUAUCUCUAAAGAAUAUAAUUUCAUCUCUGAAGUCCCACUCCGGAAACUGUUGAGAACAUGGACAGGCCGAUACCCUGAUGCAAAAAUGGAUCCUAUGAGCAUAUGGGAUGAUGUCAUCACAAACCGAUGCUUCUUCCUUGACAAGAUCCAGGAGAGACUCGUGUCUGUACAGGCCGACGAGAGUAUGGAGGUGGACAGAGAGGGAGAGGUCGAGACUAGAAUGGAGGUGGACAAAGAGGAGGAGGACAUCAACAUGGCCAUAAGAAGCUGUAAAUUUAACAUGAAGUUAAAAAUGGCAGAGAGUGGGACAAAACAGAACAACUUUGCAGUGGCGAUGAAGCUGCUGAAAGAGCUUCACAAAGAAUCAAAGGCCAGAGACGAUUGGGCUGUGAAAUGGACGCACACUUACAGCCGCCUCAGCCACAGACGCAGCCAGAGGCAAGCCAGGCCCGAGCAGGUCGUGACCGUGCUGAAGAGCAUUCCCUUGCUGGUUGAAAUCAAUGUGGAUUAUCUGAAUACCCACACACGUAUUCUCCGGGACCAGAACACACUUCUUGGUUCAAGCUACUGCAUCCUGGCUGACGCUCUGAAUAAGGAGCCCACAUGCCUUCAAAGAAUCAAGGAGGACCAAGCCGAACGUGUAAUUGAACAUUCUGGCUCCAGCAGUGAGGAAAUACAGGAGGUUGUGAUUGGAUUACACAGAAAGACCCUUCAUUACCUAGAACGUGCUGUACGAAAAGCCGAGGAAGAGGUGCAGUCCCUCGCUGGGGAGCACGUGGACAUCGCCGGAGUGAUUGAGGCGUACGUGAAUUUGGCAAACUUCUGUGAUCGGUGUCUGCGAGAGAAAGAAGAGAGUGCGACGGCCAUCAAUUUCUCUGAGCAGCAGACUUUUCCAGCUUGUGUUGUGGAAAAAAUAUUAAAAGCGAUGAAGUACAAUUCAAAGGAGGCCAGGCUCAAGUUUCCACGAUUGUUACAAAUUGUAAAAUUAUAUUCGGCUGAGACUCUGGAUCUAAUGAAAAAAGAGGUGUCCUCCGUCCCCUGCUGGCAGUUCAUCGGCUGGAUCAAUCAGAUGAUGGCCGAACUUGACAAAAAGGAAGCUGUUGUGGUACAGCACAUCAUAGAGGAGAUUGCAGAUUCCUACCCACAGGCUAUUGUCUACCCACUUAUGAUCAGCAGUGAAAGCUAUACCUUUGAACAGACCGCACGUGGCAACACAAACAAGGAGUUUGUGGAGAGAUUGAAGAAUAAACUGGAUAAAGGUGGUAUGGUUGAAGUUUUCAUUAAUUCCUUGGAACAACUGAGUAAUCCAGACAUGCUCUUUAAGGAUUGGGUUGAUAACUUCAGGUCCAAACUGGAAAAGAAAGAGAACAAAACUCAGCUGAAAAACCUUUACAGUGAGAUGUAUUCAAACUUAGCAAAUGCGGGCGCCCCAGGCAUUGGUGCAUUCAGAAGAAGAUUUGUUACGGGUUUUAAAAAGAAGAUUGACCAGCAUUUUGGAAAAGAUGGGUUACUUCUACUGAAUAUGAACCUAAAAGCAUUUAAUGUUGCUGUAGGACAAAUAAUGGAAACCCAGAAACCGGAGCCACCCGGAAACCUCAAAGAAUAUUCUCCUUGGAUGAGUAAUUUCAAGCCCCAGUUUCUAGGGAAUGAAUUGGAAAUACCUGGACAGUACGAUGGUAAAUGCAAACCUUUGCCGGAAUACCACGCAAAGAUCACAGGCUUCGAUGAACGGGUAAAAGUUAUGAGUUCUAUACGGAAGCCAAAGAGACUAAUAAUUCGCGGGAAUGAUGAGAAGGAAUAUCCUUUCCUCGUGAAGGGCGGGGAGGAUUUGCGUCAGGAUCAGCGGAUAGAGCAGCUGUUUGAGGUCAUGAAUAUCAUCCUCUCUCGAGAUGCAGCCUGCAGUCAAAGGAGUUUGCAGCUGAAGACAUAUCAAGUAAUUCCUAUGACGUCUAGACUUGGGCUGAUUGAAUGGCUGGACAACACUUGCACACUGAAGGAUUUUCUUUCCAGCAACAUAACUGAGGAGACGCAAUCAAGAAGACAACAGGAGGUGUUGCCAAAGUACAGAGAAUGGUUACAGAAGAUGGCAGGAAGGAAAGACAUGUUUCUGCGAUAUCCAACUAUGUACCUAAAAGCCAGUCGGACUGAAACAGUCACAGCUUUCAGAACUCAUGAACAAGCUAUACCAGGUGAUCUGCUCAGGAGAGCAUUUAUAAAGAUGAGCACAACCCCCGAAGCAUUCCUGGCUCUCCGCUCCCACUUUGCCAGUUCUCAUGCGUUAAUGUGUAUCAGCCAUUGGAUUCUGGGCAUUGGCGAUCGUCACCUCUCCAACUUCAUGGUUAACCUGGAAACCGGAGGCAUGGUGGGGAUAGACUUUGGCCAUGCAUUUGGCUCUGCUACACAGUUUCUGCCAGUGCCAGAGUUGAUGCCAUUUCGCCUCACUCGCCAGAUCCUGAACCUUAUGCUCCCAAUGAAGGAAUCUGGCCUGAUCCGCAGCAUAAUGGUGCAUGGACUGCGAGCUUUCCGCCUUGAUCCAGAUCUCCUCCUCAGCACUAUGGACAUCUUUGUGAAAGAGCCAUCUCUAGACUGGAAGAACUUGGAGCUGAAACAAAUGAAAAAAGGAGGAACAUGGAACAAAGAUGUUAACACAAGAGAAAUACACUGGUAUCCAAUGCAGAAGGUGAGGUACGCCAGACGGAAGCUGGAAGGGGCUAACCCGGCUGCCAUUACCAGAGAUGAGCUACAGCUGGGACAUGAAACAACGGAAGCUUACAAAAGCUAUGUGGCUGUAGCCAUGGGAGACAAGGAGCACAACAUCCGGGCGAGAGUACCAGAGGACGGGCUCUCUGUAGAGAUCCAAGUGGACUGUCUCAUUGACCAGGCCACAGACCCCAAUAUCCUGGGUAGAGUGUGGGAAGGCUGGGAACCCUGGAUGUGAUAUAAAUGCGACCAAGUAUAAGCUACUGAUCCACCGAUGGAUCAUUGAGCGCAGGAAGAGGUUCUGUUUGAAGAGGUCUUGUAAUUGGUCUCGGUGACAGCAGUUAGGAAGGGGCAAUACACCCAGUUUCCUGCUCUCAAUCUCUUUUCAGCAACCCGCUGUUUCGAGAUGCAAGAGUGCACAUAUUCAAUGAGGACAGGAUUGGGCUGUGAAGUCUCAAUGUCUAGACUCAUCAAUACUCAACGGUCAUUACAUGAAGUACCCAUGGCCUUCCAGGUGGUAACAUUUUUGUAAUGCAUGUACUAGCUGUUCUUUUUUAAAUAAUUACAAGAAUGUCCUAUCAUGACAUAAAGCCAUACACUAUGCAUUUUCAUUUAACUUUCAUGCUGUGCUCUAUUGAUACUUGUAACUGCAGGUCAACCCACGGUCAGUACUUCAUCGUCAUAAUAAUUCCUUAUUUCCUGACCACAGUGCAGUUUGCAAAACAAGUUAAUUUCUUGUUUCAUAACCGCUUAUGCCUCCUGUUUAAAAGCAUUUUGUUCUGCUUACAGCUCAAUAAAGUGAAUGGUUCAGGGAAA